AUGGCACCUAUUCAUGUCGUUGUGGGGUCGACCAACCCAGUCAAGGCUGCCGCUGUCAAAGCGGCUUUUACGACCAUGUUUCCCGAUGACACCAUUGAAGUUUCUACCGUCAAUGCGCCUUCGGGUGUGGCAGACCAGCCCAUGGGAGAUGAUGAGACGCUGACUGGGGCCCGCAAUCGAACCCGCAACGCCCUGGAGCUUGCACCCGGUGCCGACUAUUACUGCGGUCUCGAGGGUGGCUGUGGUUACUGCGAGACAUCACCGGCACCAGGCCAAACAGCGGCCCCAAAACGCACUCUCACAUGCUUUGCAUGGAUGGCCGUUCUGGAAGCCAAGACGGGCAUUGAAGGCAAGGCCAAGACUGGGACCUUUGAGCUUCCGGCACGCGUGCAGCAGCUCGUUGAGGGGGGCAUGGAACUGGGGCACGCCAAUGACGAAGUAUUCAAGACCAAGAAAAGCAAGCAGGGGGGUGGUGCCGUGGGCUUGUUGACCUCCAUGGCCGUCACACGAACCACAUACUAUGAACAAGCGCUGAUGUUGGCGCUCAUCCCCUUCAACAUGCGAGAUCUCUAUGGCGUUCCCGAAUCCGCGUAA